AUGUCGGAUCAAGGAUUUCCCUUCGGUUAUGUGCCCGCUCAUCGACCAACCUUCAGCCUGGAGGACGUUGACCGUAACCUCAGGGCAAAACGAGCUUUGGCCAUCACGGGCUUUGCACCUACCCCCCCAUUGUCAUCCUCCGGCUCAUCUACUCCCUCUGAUACAUCCUCCCCGGCUGAUACAUCCUCUCUGGAACCCCAGACUCCUCCAUCUAGAAACGAGGAAGAGGUGAGGUCAAUCAAAGAAUGCAUUGACAUAUUCGAGAACGGUCCUAAGCCCGUUAGCUUAUCGUUGGCACUGCUCUCUGACGAAGAAAUUAUCUUGUUGGCCAACCAUGGUAAAAUUGCCGCAUAUGCUCUGGAGAAACUUCUGGGGACGGAUGAACUGGAAAGGGCCGUAAGGAUCCGCAGAGCGUUAAUAUGUGACCAGACCCUCGAAUCGUCCGACAUUCCUUUGUCGAACUACGACUACUCUCGUGUCCUUGGAGCAUGUUGCGAGAACGUUGUUGGAUACAUUCCUAUCCCACUUGGCAUUGCUGGCCCUUUGAAUAUUGAUGGCACCCUCUACCCCAUACCCAUGGCCACUGCUGAAGGUACCCUCGUCGCAUCCACUUCUCGAGGGUGCAAAGCUCUCAACGCUGGUGGUGGUGUUACAACUGUUGUCACCCGCGACGGAAUGACGCGUGGGCCUGCCAUUGACUUCCCAUCCAUCAUCGUUGCCGCGGAAGCCAAAGCUUGGAUCGCCUCUGAAGAGGGAUAUGCUACCAUAAAAACAGCUUUUGAAUCUACUUCACGCUUCGCCAAGUUAUCAAGCUUGAAGACGGCGCUGGCUGGACGCACACUCUACGUCCGAUUCACUACGGCAACUGGGGAUGCAAUGGGAAUGAACAUGAUCUCGAAGGGCACGGAGAAAGCCCUUGAGGCCUUGCAGCUGAAAUUCCCCCAGAUGGUCGUUCUCGCAUUGUCAGGGAACUAUUGCACCGAUAAGAAACCUGCUGCGAUCAAUUGGAUCGAGGGGAGAGGGAAGAGUGUGGUUGCAGAGGCUGUCAUCCCCGGGAAUGUCGUCAAGACCGUACUUAAGACGACAGUGGACUCACUCUGUAAUUUGAACACGAAGAAGAACCUCAUUGGUAGUGCGAUGGCUGGAUCCAUUGGAGGAUUCAAUGCCCAUGCAGCAAACAUCCUGACUGCGGUAUUCCUAGCCACUGGUCAAGAUCCUGCACAGAACGUCGAGAGCUCGAUGUGCAUGACGUUGAUGGAACCCACCAACGGUGGCGAAGAUCUUCUUAUGACCGUUUCCAUGCCCUGCAUAGAAGUUGGGACCGUUGGAGGCGGUACCGUCCUUGCUCCACAACAGGGCUGCUUAGACCUCCUUGGUGUGAAGGGUGCCCAUCCCUCCCAGCCAGGAAAGAACGCACAGACGCUUGCGCGCGUCAUUGCUGCGGCUGUUAUGGCUGGGGAACUUUCUCUUCUUAGUGCCCUCGCCGCAGGGCACCUCAUUCGCGCACACAUGGCGCACAAUCGAUCCCAGACCAACAUUGCAGCUACCCCUGUUGGGUCAACCACCAAACCUUCUUCGGUGCCUCUCAGGAAGUUACCACCGGGUCUUGCACCUCUCACACCUUGUGCUUCUUCGGGCGACCUCAGAACAACCACGAGUGCCCGGUAGUAUGUUUUCCGAUACUCUUACUGCCUUGGAAUAGUUUGCCCAAACAAUUGACACUAUGCCUUCAUUAUCACUUUUUAGAACAAGACCGUCUUGUACUGCGUAGAUAUCCGUUCAAUUUAUACAACUCACUCAGCAACCCCCC